UUUUGAGAGGUAAUUAUUUAGCUUGCUUGUGUUCCCUCACUACAAAUAUGAAGUGGGGGACAGCGGGUGGGAGGAAUUACAAUCAGGCAACUCAUAAACCCACUAAAAGUACAUGGAAUUGUUGAGCCUCUUUUGUCAAGGUUCUUUAAGACAUGUCACAACAUCAGAGACCAUCAGAAAACAAGGGGGACCAGAGAGUAUGCUGUUGAGGAAUGUCCCCAGACCUCAACCUGAACAUGGAGAAGUCCUCAUCAGAGUCCAUGCAACCGCUCUCAACAGGGCUGACACAUUGCAGAGGAAAGGACUGUACCCCGCUCCACCUGGUGAGAGUGAGGUCAUGGGAUUGGAGGCGGCUGGUACGGUGGUCAGCGUUGGCCCAGGGGUUAGGAAGUGCUGGGGGCCCGGGGACCGGGUCAUGACCCUACUCUCUGGAGGCGGGUAUGCCGAGUAUGUGGCUGUUCCAGAGGAGCUUCUCAUGUCUAUCCCCCCUCAUCUCACUGUCUACCAGGCUGCUGCCAUACCUGAGGCCUGGCUCACUGCGUUUCAGCUCCUGCACUUCGUAGCUCAGGUGAAGGAGGGAGAGAUAGUGUUGGUGCACGCUGGGGCCAGUGGGGUUGGGACUGCCGCUGUCCAGCUGGUCCGAUUGGCUGGGGCUAUUCCCAUAGUUACUGCAGGAAGCUCUGAGAAACUACAGAUGGCAGAGACACUGGGAGCCGCUGCUGGUUUCAACUACAAACAGGAGGACUUUGCAGAGAAAGUUAAUGAUUUUACAGCAGGCAGAGGAGCAAACGUCAUCCUGGACUGCAUUGGUGGGUCCAACUGGGAGAGGAACGUGGCCUGUCUGGCCACAGAUGGACGAUGGGUGCUGUACGGCUGCAUGGGAGGAAAGGCCGUGGCGGGAGACAUACUGGGCAAGCUGCUGUCCAAACGAGGACAGCUCCUCUGUAGUCUCCUCAGGUCACGCAGUCUGCAGUAUAAAGCAGAUCUGGUGAGAGCCUUCUCAGAAAGGGCCCUACCCCACUUCUCAGACCCCACCAGCUCCCCCUGCCGCCUGAGGCCUGUGAUCGACAGCACGUUCGGUCUGGAACAGGUAGCUGAUGCUCACAGACACAUGGAAGCCAAUAGAAACAUGGGAAAGAUUGUCAUUAAUGUCAUGAACCCGCAAUGAUGGGACCACCGGUGACUUGUCAUCACUCCGUCUACUUCCAAACUCAACAUUUGGUUGAGCAACUUGGUUGAUGACCAUUCACCUCUAUAACGUAUAUCAAAAUAAAAUAAGAUGUUAUUUGUCACAUGUGCCGAAUACAACAGGUGUAGACUUUACCAUGAAAUGCUUAUUUACGAGCCCUUUCC